AAUGGUACGAGCAUCAACGUAUCUUCAUCCACCGUAAAUCAAAAAAGUAACAAGAUCGACGAGAAGGCAAUAAAAGUUAAGCGCUCGAUCAUCAAACAGAAGAACGAGGACGAGUGCCACGAAUUCAGCGGUCAAUGCAACUGCCGGAACUGUCGGGUCCUCGUUAACUUGACGGAGUGUGCCCUCUGCAUGGAGAUCCUCCAGAGCAACCAAAUAAAGUCUUGUCCCGUGUGCGCUAACGUCGUCUGCAUAGGCUGCGCCUCGCGGCUCACGAGCUGCGCCUUUUGCAGAUCCGAGCAGCCCGCCGAGAGGAAUCGAGCCCUCGAGAGGUUCGUCGACAGACUCUUCCUCCCUUGCAAGCAUUCCAAAUCAGGUUGCAAGGUACUUUUGGACGGCGAGAGUAGAUUCAUUCAUGAGUCGCUGUGCAACUUUUCGGCGUUGGUUUGCCCCGUCGGUCGCGGCGACUGCGAUUGGCACGGCACCAUCGCCAACGUCCAGGCGCACUUCAGAACCGUUCACAUGCUCCAGCCCCUCCAGGAUCACGGCUUCUCCGUGCAAUUCAAUAACUUCCGCAGCAAAGCCAAGGACACCGACAGCAGCAUUUAUACGGUUUGCCUCUCGUGCUACGAGCAGCUGUUCGUUAUCCGGGUGGUGUUGUGCAAGAGCCGCCUACGAUUGUUCUUCACGCGGCUCGGGUACGAGGAGGUGCAGCCCUUGACGACGCGUCCCCAACGCUACGGAGUCUCGGUGGUCAUCAGGGCGCACGCGGGCCGAAGGAUGCGGGGCCUCGUGCCCUUUGGCAAGUACGACCGCGAGAGUCGCGAGAUCACCGUUAGUUGGGACGGCCUCUUCCCCAAAAGCAGCGCGGCCUGCGCCGAGGACAUGGUGGAGAUCGAUUUGCUGGUUAAGCAGCUCGAGGAGUCCUGAGCGGCGGCCGCGAGCCACCCGCAAGUGUAAUCGCUGAGCGAAGAACGCGCGGCGAAGCUUCCGGCCUGACUCCGCGCGUUUUGGAUCCUUCGAUAUUCGAAAUCGGCGCCUGCUCGCGUUGUCGUUGCGCCCACAUGGAUGGUAGUUUUUGCUAAACGAACGAAGCCACGAUGAUAUUAUAAUAUUGUAAUUAUUAAUAGGCGAGGCGCAUCGAGGGUGAUAAUUUGGCGUUUAAUUCAUUAAAAGCGCCGAGGCGAAUUGCGAAAUUCGGCAUUCUUGCAAUUGGCGUGUCAACCUGAAAUAUAUAU